GAAAAAUCCACAGCCGAGUGAUUAAUCGAGGAGCUGCAUGGGAUGUAGGGGAGGAAAUCUGCGACGAGUUCUGUUUUCACACUGCCAAGAAACUUCACUUACCAAGGUGAAGACUCCUGCACCAUGGAGGGCUUUUAUGACCAGCAGGUUCCCUUUGUGGUCCCUGAGAGUAAAUGUCACACACAGGAAGCAGCAAAGUGUCUCAGCGACAGGAAGAGGAAGUUCAUGGACACCGAGCUGGCUCAGGACACAGAAGAGCUAUUCCAAGACCUGAGUCAGCUCCAAGAAAUAUGGAUCGCCGAAGCUCAAGCUACUGAUGACGAGCAGUUUGUCCCCGAUUUCCAGUCCAAUAACUUGAUGUUUCAUGGACUGGCCGCCAGCAAAGUGAAGCGUGAACAGAGUCCGUCCAAAGACUUCUCUCCCUGCAGAAUGCCUCAGGCUGACAUGUGCCUUUACAGCUACAGUGCCUGUGAGCCCGCUCUGACUCCAGCCUCCACACCUGCAGUACAACAACGUGGCUCCAUCCACCCUACUGGACCUCCACCUUUACAGAGGCAGUUACAGCCAUCUACCCCCCAGCUGACCAACAGCUGCUCCCCAAACCAUGCUCCUGCCCUCAGCCCCUCCCACCUCCGCAACCUUCCACAGGCCAAUCAAAGCCAGCAGUUUGCUAUGCCACAUCCUCCCAUUGGCUCCUCCAGUGUGUCAUUCAACGCAGAACAAAGGUUCCAGCGGCAGCUGUCGGAUCCCUGCCUGUCUUUCCUUCCUCCAAAGAAGACCGCAAACACACCGUACCAUCCCACCAUCCGUGACGGGAGGCCGAUGUAUCAGCGCCACCUUUCAGAGCCUCUGGUUCCCCACGCUCCCCGGGGUUUUAAACAAGAACUGGUAGACCCAAGAUAUCCAGAGCCAGGGCCUCCUACUUCAGGUCUGGCACGUCCUCAGACUGCCUUCAACCAUGUCACAAUUAAACAAGAGCCAAGGGACUUUGGCUAUGACUCAGAGGUUCAAACAUGCCAGUCGUCAUCCUUUGAGAAGUCUUCUGCUUUGUACCAAAAUAACAGUGCAGGAUUUGGUCCAGACAGAGAGCCGUGUCUGUACUAUGAUGACACAUGUGUUGUGCCGGAAAGGCUGGAAGGUAAAGUGAAACAGGAGGGUCUACCAUACCAGCGCCGUGGCUCCCUGCAGCUGUGGCAGUUCCUGCUCACACUCCUGGACAACCCAGCCAAUGCACACCUGAUCAUCUGGACGGGGCGAAACAUGGAGUUCAAGCUGAUUGACCCCGAAGAGGUGGCUCGGCUCUGGGGGAUCCAGAAGAAUCGACCUGCCAUGAACUACGAUAAGCUGAGUCGCUCGCUGCGGUACUAUUAUGAAAAGGGCAUUAUGCAGAAGGUGGCCGGUGAGCGGUAUGUCUACAAGUUUGUGUGCAACCCCGAGGCGCUUUUCUCCAUGGCUUUCCCAGACAAUCAGAGGCCAAGUCUCAAGCCUGACCCGGAUGCUGUCCUACCUCCUAGCGAGGACGAAGGCCCACACCUCCCCAGCUAUGAAGAUGACGGGCCUUAUCUGGCUGAAGGAACGGAGCAGUGCAUCCAAAGACUGGGCCUCCCUGACGGCUACCCGUACUAGACUCCACAGCCUGGCAGCUGAAGUUAUUUUUAACACGAUGUAACCUAUAUUUACAGAGCAGUGUUUGAGAAUUUUUUUUUUUGUAUGUAUACCUACGUUAUCUGUCACAAAGACGCAAGAUUUGGAGAAGUAAAGUGUUUUUGUUUGUUUGUUUGUUUGUUUGUUUGUUUGUUUGGUUUGUUUUGUUUUGUUUUUUUGUUUGAAAUUAUUGUUAAGCCAGAAAGCUAAAAAGAGAAUAACUGAGAUGUUUAAACUCAGAAAAUGAACACAAACUCAUUGAAGUUCUGAUUUGGUUUCACGUAUUAUAUUAUUCUAAAAAUACCUGGAAUUUUAAGAUUAGUUUGCAUUUGAGCAGUCAAUAAGAUUACAACAUGUUUCUAGAAGGAGAAGGCUUUACUAUUGGAAAAAUUGUGAUGGGUGAAAUGGUAUUGAGUCAGAUUUAUUGUAUGGAAUAGGCAGUUGUAGCAAAAUGAGGCUGGUUAAAUUACAAUGACAGUUUUUUGGGGGGGGUUUUUUGGUUCUUGAAUUAUUCCAACUUUUUAUUGUAGGAUUGAUGCUUUUUUUUUUUUUUUUUUUUUUUUUUUUUUUUCCCCCCAAGCUUUUUUUUUUUUUUUUCAAAAUGCUCCAUUUUUAUCUUUAAACUUCUUUUUGUUAGUGACAGUGGUCUUGAUGCCAGUUGUAUUUUUUGUAGCAUGGCCAUCUCUGUAGUCCUCUUGCUUGUGAACUCUGGGAUUUGUAUUACAACCAAAAAGUAUCUCAAAGCCAUGGCAUUCCUUUACUGUUUCUGCUUGAAAGGGACUGACUUGUAUUUUCAGACCUAUGAAUUCUCCUAUAAACAUCAGUUUGAAAUGUUUUGUGUACCUCUUCUUGUUUUCAAAGCUGAUAUUUUUUGGCUUUCUAUGGACUCGUAAGUUUUUCCUAUUGCUGUUUUUGACAAAGGUACUGCUUCUAUUUUUGAUUCAGUGAUACUCUGAUGCGAAUAAUAAGCAUGGACUUUCUUAUGAAUGCAUCAGCAGUUUAUGUCCUCGGAUAGUUUUCUGCAUUUUGUAGAGUUUAUUUGCUUCGAUGUGUAGAAAAAGUGUAUAAUUAUAUAUGGAUAUAUUUUUGCAAAAGGCUGCGAUUUUUUCCUGCUAAAGUAUUUCUUCAGCCUUCCAAGGAUUUACUCAUGAACUCCUGCAGCUAGAUGGUGGAUGUAAAGGUAUAUUUUGCUAUCUGAUCACAUGGUUGUAUAACAUACUGACACUGGUCUCUCUUCUGCCCUUGGAUACUGUUAUUCGUGCCUUCUGUUGAUCUUUACUGAUAAAAUAAACUAUUUUACUCUUU